AUGACGGAUGACGGAGCCAAUUUGCUCGAGAUCACUGGAUCUUUCCCGCUCGUUGUUUGUCUGCGUUGCACCGUUGCGCCCAAGAUGAGGGUGGAGACGGAGAUGUUUCAUGUGAGUUCGCUCUUGUCGAAGUACGCUGAGUACAGUGAGGCAGAGCUGACGCGUCAAAUGUCUCAACUUCUCAGUUCCAAAGCCAACCUGACGGAAGCUCUCGGAGUGAGUGCCGAGCUCGGUGGCAUGAUCCAAGCAUGGAGUGAGGAGCUGAUGGACUCGAAGGUUUUGGAGCUGGACUCGGGAAUAACAGGGGUCGGCAUCCUCGUCAUCGGCAUUCUCGUUGUUGUGACCGUCGGGUUCUUUGGUCUCCAGGCAUGUAUUGCUUGUAAUCGUGCCUGGGAGUAUCAUUUCGAUGAGAAGAGAGUCCGUGAGAGAGCCCGUGAGAAAAACAAGAGAAUCCAGGAGAAAAAGGCCCGGCGCCAUGCAGCCGCCCAGAAGUUCUACAUGAAGAAACUCUGGGAGAUGAAGUUUGGCAAGGGCUCUGGUGAUGAUGUCCAACUUUGCCUGGAUCAACUUUCAUCGAAAGGUGCCUCCUUGAUUAAAGCAGCGGGGCAGAAUCCUUACCAAUUGCGGCAAUUGUUAUUGCGGUCCGAGUUUAAUGGAAUCAAGGUCUCUCCCCGGCAGCAGGUGAAGAUGUUGCGUACAGUCUUCACGGCCUUCAUGGCACAUCACGGAGCCACCAUUGCAGAGCGCGGACUCGACCAACUUGGGGUGGGAAGUUGCGGCAAGGUUUUCUGUGCUGGUGACUUGAACUUUGCACUUGAUGAGUCCGGACUUUACCGCUGUGAUUGGCAGUGUCCCGCUUCUUACUUGCCAGAUUCCUUCGAUGCGCUCGAGACCUCGAUGAAGACUACCUUCGCUGGACUCGUAAACUCCCAUUCCGACCUCGUGGAAGAACUUGGAAAAAAAGACACAUAUCACAGCGCCAUCAAGAAGUCAGAGCUUCGGCGUAUGAUCAAGGCCAUCAAAAUCAAGAACAUGAAAUACUAUGCUUCCGACCCUUGGUCUCCGGAAUCUCUGAAGAUUCUGAAGAUGCCAAAUGCCAGCACCUUUUUGCCUUUGAAACACUUUGGUUCCCUGUACUACAAGGGCACUUGCAUUCCAGAGCGAAAAUAUUUUAAGAAGCAUGAUGUGGCUAUUGUGACUUCCUCGACCACCAAGCUCCCCAAAGGAACCGUGGUGAAACUUGAUCGCGUUGUGACAUCGGGGGAAGACUCAGGCGCUUGGUUCACACAGGGUAAAGUGCAGAAAAAGUUGUGGUUGCCUGAUCUCAGCUUCGGCCUCAUUCCGGUGCGCAUGGAUGCUUGGGGCAGUUUGACAGCUACAAAUCGGAGCCAUCCUUUCGUUCAAGACCCUGUUGACCACCGCAAAAUGUACUAUGUGCAACCGUGAUGCCCUGAUCGCUCAAAGGAGAAGCUUUGAGGCCUUGAUUUCAAGCGGUAGGUGGAGAGCACACAGAGGCUACAGCAUGCUGGAUAGCCUUCGCUUGAUCCCGGGACUGUGACAAUGCCAGACAAAAAACGCUGUCAGGCUGCGGCUGGUUCG